UUCAAAACGACCAAGACAAGUUCAAAAUUGAUGUUGUUCGCUUUUUAUUUUGUUUUAUUAUUGCUAUUUGAUGAGUAAUUAUAUCAUGUAUAUGUUUCUUCUACUAUGAUAAUAAAAAAUAUGACGGACAAAAAGAAAAACGUUUGUGUAAUAGUUUUGGGCGACAUAGGCAGAAGCCCACGGAUGCAAUACCAUGCACAAUCUUUGUUGCGCGAAGGAUUUGAUGUGGAUAUUAUUGGAUAUUUGGACAGUCCGGUAUUGAACGAUCUGCAAGAAAAAGCAAAAAUUAUUAAUUUGAAGAAACCACCCCCAUUUGAUAGACACGUACCAAGGACCUUAGCAUUCGUGCUAAAAGUCUUUUGGCAGGCGUUAACGUUGUUUUGGGCCAUCUUGGCUAAACGUAAAUCCGAAGUCGUGUUGGUACAAAACCCUCCGGCAAUUCCCACGUUGGCUGUCUGCUGGUUUUAUUGUUUGCUGGUCAACUCUAAAUUCGUGAUCGACUGGCACAACUACGCUUACACGGUGCUAGCUUUGACCGUGGGCCGGAAAGCUCCUCUGGUCAAGCUUUCGAUGCUGUACGAGAAGGUUUUUGGCAAGUUGGCCGACGCCAAUUUUUGCGUCACCAAAGCAAUGCGAGAAGACUUGGCUGCCAACUGGAAUAUCAAGGCCACCACUCUGUACGACCGACCGGGACCGCAGUUCAGCAACAAAUUCACCUUAGCCGAUAAGAAUAGAGUGCUGGAUAAGUUAGGUUUGACGGACUUUGCCGAAGUCACCAAAACGGGAGACGUACAGUUGAAAGAGGACAGACCAGGAAUGCUUGUGUCCAGUACUAGUUGGACACCCGACGAAGAUUUUGCCAUUCUUCUGGGAGCCUUGCAAAAGUAUGAUGAGACUGAUAACACCCAUCCGAAACUUGUGUGCGUUAUAACAGGCAAAGGGCCAAUGAAAAAUCACUAUCAGCAAACCAUAUUGAAAUUCUCAUGGAAAAAAGUUACCAUAGUCACACCGUGGCUGGAAAACGAAGAGUAUCCGGUUUUACUGGCAAGCGCGGAUCUAGGCGUUUGUCUGCACGACUCGUCCAGCGGCCUCGACUUGCCAAUGAAGGUGAUAGACAUGUUCGGCGUUGGGUUGCCGGUGUGUGCAUACGAUUUCAAAUGUCUGCACGAACUGGUCCGGCACGACGAAAACGGUCUUGUAUUUUCAAACGAGCAACAGCUGGCCUCACAGAUCUCUUCUUGGUUCAAAGGUUUUCCAUCGAAAAUUAACGAACAGAGAGAAAUAUUUUCGAAAGAAAGCGAUGAAUUCCGCCUCAUCACCUGGCAUGCAAACUGGACGGCAAUCGCCCUUCAGCAUUUUGUGGAUAUUGAUAAAUGAACACACAUCAAGGCAUACUCCAUGUACAUCGAAAGGGUAUUAUAAAAUAUGUUUAUUAAUUUCUCCAACAUUCCUUUAAAUUAUAUUGGAUGUACAAAUUGAAUACCGAUGGUUACGUCGUAAAAUCCAAAUGUAUAUUUUAUUAUAAUGCUGUGCACUCUAAAGUUUUUAUUUUGUUCAUAAAAUAUUUUGUACCUAUAUAGUGUCAGAGAGUAUAAUGUAGUUUACAAUAAAAAUAAAUAUAUUUUGUUGA